AUGGUCCAUCCCAAAUCCAGUGAUCUCAUGGCUGAAGAUAUCGUGAAGCGGUUUCUCAGCAACUCACAUGAUGCCAUCGACGCCGCUGACCAAGACCUGCGAGCACUCAAUAAAGCCAUCCAUGAUAACCCGGAAUUAGGUUAUCAGGAAUUCUAUGCUGUAGAGACAAUAUCUUCGUUCCUACAAAAACAUGGAUAUGCCGUGACCAAGCAAGCGUAUGGCUUGGAGACAUCUUUCAUGGCCGAGAUUGGCUCAGGUGGCUCUCUCGUGAUCAUAUGUGUUGAGUAUGAUGCUUUACCUGAUAUUGGUCACGCUUGUGGCCACAACUUGAUCACAACUUCUUCGAUGGCGGCUUUCCUUGGAGCCGCAAAAGUGCUUCAAUCAGAAAGCUUUCCGGGAAGGAUACGCAUUUUGGGCACGCCUGCGGAAGAAGGCGGAGGAGGAAAAGUCAAACUGAUUGAAGCCGGCGCCUUCGACGACGAAGACAUUGCUGCUGCCAUCAUGGCCCAUCCAUUAGCGGCGCACCAAUUCGCAGAGGGCUAUGAUGGACUCGCCGGCUUGAAGUUCAUUGCCUCGCAAAAGUUCGAGGUUGAGUUUCGUGGCCGAUCUGCUCACGCUGCGGGUGAGCCAUGGAACGGUGUCAAUGCACUCGACGCUGCAGUCAUGGCAUACAACGGGAUUUCUAUGCUUCGGCAGCAGAUGAGACCAGACGAACGAGUUCACGGAGUCAUCAACGACGGAGGCACGGCACCUAAUGUUAUCGCCAACUACACUCGAAUGACCUGGCUUGUCCGAAGUCCAUCAACGAAACGAAGCGAGACGCUUUUGAAGAAAGUGCAGCAGUCCUUUAAUGCUGCCGCCCUGAGCACAGGCUGCGAGUAUAGCAUUAUUCCGGGCCCGACUUAUAAAGAUUUAAGAGUCAACGAAGCAAUAUGCCAGCAGUAUUCCGAUGAUAUGUCGCUUAUUGGGGAGAAGAUCCUGAUGAAGGAUGACAACUCGUACACUGCAUCGACUGACAUGGUGUUUCUUACAAAGUCCCAAGUUUUCACGGAGCAUUCCCUAUCCCUACAGACCAAGGUGUAUCGCUACACCAUCCACGAUUUGCAGACCAUGCAGGAAGCGACAGUGCCCAUGAAGCCGCGAUAA